CACGAACUAGGUCACUCCCUCGUCGCACCCCGUAAAGGCUCUUGGUAUUUAAUUUUCCCGCCGACCCAUUUUCUCCUUCUCUCUCUUUUCCCAUCACGUAGUUUUCCCCUGCGUAGCAAUCGAUGUCUUGACUACACGUCGACUCUGCUCUCACGUUCUCCCUUUUCCUACGCACCCGGCGUGCAGAACCUCAGCUGCCUUGACGGCACGGGUCAGUCCUAUCUUUUUAUUACGACGACAAGCUAUCAAGAAGCAAGCCUUCUCUCGCGCUGGACAAACCUCGGGCCUACAAUAGAACACACUAGACGUACCUCUUGUAUCGAAUAACGAGAAUAAUACCAAACCGACAUUCGCUAUGACUCGCUCAUCCAGAGCUUAUCCUCCCUCGCUGGAGCUGGACACUUCCUUCAGCGGCAUGGGCGCCUCCGAACACUCUCCUGAUUCCUUUGACUCGCCGUUAUUCUCCCCAACAAAGAGAGUAGGCACGAGCUCUACAAACCCUGUAUCAAUCACCUCGCCCCAGCGCAGGACAUCAUUUGGAUUCAUCAAGUCCUCGCCCACCGUCAACGUCCACACGACCUGUGGCCGCCAUACCGACCAGCUGCUCUUUGGAGGACCCUCACUAUCGGGCCUUGCCCGUGCUCUCCUUGGAAGGAAGAAGAAGAGGCCGACAGACAGCUGAACCUUCAAAGCCGGCGGGGCACUUUUCAUGUGAAAAUGACCAGUGCGCGCCAGCCUAACCUAUAUAUACUUUUACUUUUUUUUCUUCUUCCACCCUUUCUUUUUUUACCCCUUCUACCUUUUCUAUUAUUAUCACGACUUACAGUGCUGGCUGGAUCGGUGCAACACCUAGUACGUUAUGCGGAGUACGAUAUGGCUUAAUGAUACGACUAUUACUGUUACGAGCGUUACUAUUGUUACUGCAACUAUCAUCAUAAUACUUGGCGCAAAUGGGGGAAUGUGAUAAAAUAAAAAGACACGUCUUAUUUGUGGCUUGCUAUUUAUAUCUUAGAUAACUACUAUAAUAAUGCCACCUCCUUUU